AUGGAGCCACUCAACAUUGCCGUCGUUGGUCUUGGCCGAAUGGAAUUUGAUAUCAACGUUUAUGAUAACUAUGAUGAGAUGCUGGCUCAUCCGGGGCUUCAAGCCGUCUGGAUAUCCACCAGCACUGACGUCCAUGCGAGUCAGUCGCUGGCGGCAAUUUCCAAGGGCAUUCACACACUUUGCGAGAAGCCUCUUAGCACAGACAUUGCUGAGGCCCAAUCUGUUGUUGACGCCGCAAACCAAAACCCAUCGGUCAAGGUAAUGGCAGAAUUUUCUCGCAGGUUUGAUGCCUCAUAUCGCGACGCGGGGGAUAAAAUCUUCCAACAGAGAUCCAUUGGUGCGCCUUUCAUGGUCCGAUCCAACACGUGUGAUCUACGUGACGAGACCGGCUUUUUCGUUCGAUACGCAGCUCGAAACGGAGGAAUUUUCGCCGACUGCGCGAUCCACGACAUUGACUUGUCACUCUGGUAUCUCAACAACCCUAUCCCCAAGGCGUUCUGGGCAACCGGAACUCUUCAGCAUCACCCGGAGCUGAAAGAUCUCUCAGAUGUGGACAACGCCGUGGGCGUUGUUGAAUUCUGGGGUGGCAAGAUCGCGUAUUUCUAUUGCUCUCGCACCCAGGCCCAUGGACAUGAUGUGUGCACUGAGAUCACCGGAACCAAUGGGAAGUCGAUGGUAAAUGUGAUUCCGAAGCAAAAUAAUGCUGUUCUUGCCGACAAGCUUGGUAUGAGACACGAGGUUCAGCCGGAGUAUUGGCAGCGAUUCGAAGACGCGUUUGCAUUGGAGGCGAAUAAAUUUGUUGAAGCCAUUGUCAAGAACAAAGGGCUUCCUCUCAAGCUUGGGACUGGAAUCACUGUUAUGAAGAUUGGUCAGGCACUCCAGCAAGCCCUGUUGACUGGGGAAGUUACAAGAUUCGAUGAGAACGGGGCAAGAUUGAACUAG